UUCCCACGAGUCAGUGAAAACACAAAAACUUUGAUUUACAAUGCAUUGUAUGUUCGGCAUAAUGAUGUGGGUGGACGCGCCCUUCACCAUCAUACAAAUAAUAUCUCAUAUGUUUGUGGGAAUCCCGCAUGCUGGAAGACAGCUACCGUCGCGAUGGCGCGCAGAUCAGCCGUGAUGCGGCGAGGGUCCACAGCCAGCGGCCGAGGGAGGGGCCGGCGGACGCUGUCAUUGGCUCCCCUCUUCACGAACAAUACAGACGUAAGCGCCCACGAGUGACGCACUAUUGUGUCCCUUCAGCGAGUCCAUUACGACGUACAAUAGCGUCCGCAGCGACACCCGCCCGCACUCGGCCGCUGCAGCCAUUGGCGCCAGGAUUCCUUCUAUGUUCGUAUAAUGGUAAUAUAAAUUGACCAACCGUAGAGCAAGUACGGUUAGUUCGUUAAAGUUGAUUAAAGCCAUUUAACCGAGACGGUGACGACGAUACGUACGGCGCGCUCAACACUCGAGGGUACGGCUAAAUGAAUUUCAAUUGAUUGAUACCGUGGUCGAGCUGGGAGCUGAGCCGCAGCUGGCGAGCGGUGCCGCGGUGGAGUCGAGCGAGCUGGGCGCGGGGCCCGCCGCCGGGGGCUUCAUGUUCGUGUGCGGGGACGCGGCCGGAGCCCCGGCCCGCUACCAGUGUACCUUCGAGCCAUCUUCGGCCUCCAUGGAGCAGCCAACCUUCGAGGAACACAUGUUCAAUGAGUUCGGCAAAGAAAGACAGGUGCAAGUAGUGGUAGGCGCCGGCGGAGAGCUGCAGUACCGUGAAGAAGUACCCGUGUAUCAAUCACAGGAGCCUAAGCGGAAAGAAGAAGCGCUACUUCUUCAGCAAGUGGACAACGCCGCGCCGCAGCACGUGGCGCACGCGCAGCCGCCGCCAACCACGACAUCCAAGAAGAGUGAGAAGAAGAAAAGUGACAAUAAUGGCAUCAAAAAGAAAAAGACUCGAACUACAUUUACGGCGUACCAACUGGAAGAGCUCGAAAGGGCUUUUGAAAGGGCGCCCUAUCCUGAUGUAUUCGCCCGAGAGGAGUUAGCGCUCAAAUUAAACCUUUCGGAAUCACGAGUUCAGGUAUGGUUUCAAAACAGGCGAGCAAAAUGGCGCAAACGAGAACCUCCUCGGAAAACUGGAUACAUAGGAUCUAGCUCCCCGAGUUCCACUACAUUGAGCGGCGGUUUUUCUGGAAUACCCGGAAACCUUCCGGCUUUCCCCCAAAACGGCAUGGCAGCACCUGCAGACUCUUGGUCGUACCAGCAUUCCUAUGAACUAUCAUCACAUCAUUUGUUAUCCUCCGGUAGCGGCGGGUAUUCUGCAUUUAACGCUCAACCUGGGCCGUAUUCUUAUACGACCGUCCUGAAUGGCCAUGAUGGACAGAUGUUUGCACCACGGCAUUCUUACGAGUACGGAGAAGGGAGUCCACCACCUCUCGGCAUCCGAGACUAUCCUAUGAUAGCAGCCCACUCUCCUCAAAUGGAGCAUCACAUCCACGAAGAGAAAGUGGAGUAUCGAAGUCACGAACAUGAGGAUAAAUAUGGUGCAUGUGCGAUGCCAGACGAAGCCCGAUAUGGUGCACCUUCAGAGGAUUAUGACAAGUGUGGGUUGGUUCAUGCCCAACACGAGAAGCACUACGAACUGGAACGUCAUCCGGACUUAUCUCAGCCGGUCGUUGUUAAGAUGGAGCCAAGUCCAAACCAAGCCUAUACGUCACUGCCCCCUUUUUUGAACUGAAAUACUCCUUUUCGAAAUUGUCUUAAUUUCGAGUUGCAUAAUUUCGAAAAGGAGUAUUAGUAAUUUUGCCUAUAAAUUUUAAAUAAUAGCCGAUAAGUGCCUAUUUUUCUUUUGGUAUGAAUUUGUAGAUCUUGACAUAUAGAUACAAAUAAUUUAAAAUAUAUAUAAUAAUAGAUAAUAAUAUAUAGAGUAGGUACCUAAAUAAGAGGAUAUACUUCGAAAAUAUUUGUUUAAGUUUUACAAAAUGUACUGAAGGGGUAUAAAUAUAUAAUAAAAAAAUAAGGGGGUUAAUCCCUUAUUCAUAAUGGUCCGCUAACUUAAAACAGCCGCUAAGGAGUGUUUUUUCUCAUUCUGACUUAGGUCAAUAGAAGAAGACAGAGUGUGAAUUAGCGAUGCUUUAAGUUAGCAGACUAUUAUGAAUAAGGGGAAAAAUGUUUAUUGCUCCACAUGAAACAAUGUAAGGAAUCACAGCCUUAUACUAUAUGUAUCUGAAUAUCUACACAGUACUUAUAAGAAUACCAAUUUUUUUUAUUCUUGUCUGCAUGUCUGUUGGUUGUGGCUAAUAUCCGACCCGGCUAAAUAUCUUUGAUAGUAUAUUCCUAUUGACUCAAAUUAAGUUCAGAGACUCAAAAUGUCUCAAGUAAUUAUUAUUUUUAUCACACAAACUUAUGAAUAUAAAAAAAAAUUGUAUUAUCUCACCCCGAGGAUAAAUAUUAUUAGAUAAAGUAUUGACAGUGCGUUCCACGUGCCUUAUUAAUUCAUAUUGUUAAUAAGCCUAUUAAGGUAAUUAUAUUAAUAUGUGGGUAGUUUUAUGUUAAGCGGUAGAUUUUAAGAUAAUUAAUCUCAUUUAGAGUUCAGUAUACAAAAAGAGUCUUCCUAAACAUAAUAUUAGUAGACUUAAGGUAUUCUGCGUGGUGUAAUACAUUGCUGCCAACGAAUACAUUGCGUAGUGACUGCUUUAUUCACAUAAACUAUCGUUAAAUCGAUGCUUUCAAGUAAUAUGUAAUCGAUCAAGUAUCGAUCGAAAUGUAUGAUGUAUCUAUCGAUGAUGUAUAGUAAUUAAUUGCACUUACCUGUAUAAAUACCACUGGGCAGGCUGUUCCAUGUGAUUGACAGCAAAUUUAUUGUGCCUAUUUGAAGCGCCACUAGCGAGCGUCCAGAGAACUAAUUUUGACGCAUAUUACAAAUGGCUGCGAGAGUAUUUUUACAUUUUGAAUUAAUUUCGUAUUUGUUGUGUUCUAUGUUAUUUAUACUUCAGGAAUCAACGUUAUAAAGUGGACAUUUUUUUUUAGUAAAUAGAUUUCCUCUUGAUGUUUGUUUAGCUGCGUUUUUCAUCACUAGUUUUAGUUCAGCAGAUUCUCGCUACAUGGCCAACAGCGCCAAAAUGGCGAAUAUCAAAAGCACUUUGACAGCCGCCAGUCCAGUGGUAAAUAGUAGAGGUCAAGGCACAUAUUCACAUUAAUUAUAAAAUACUGGAUUUAUUAUAAUACAAUUUUUCUUUGAUAGCAUGUGCUUUGCAUUUUUGUAAUGUAAUUUAAUCCAGUCUUAGCUAUCACCAGAGCCCGGUACAAACAUAAGACACUGUAUUUUCAACUGGACUCAGCUUAUUGAUAUAUUGCUCGAAAGGCAGCAAGCACCCCGCGAGAAAUGCGUGUACUAAUAAUAAUAAUAAUAAUAUCAAUUUAAUUAUAAUAUUAUACAGCGUGUUGCUAAGAUGGCGAUAUUAAAUGAAUACAGUUUCAAUAUUAAGAGAUUAUUACCAGUGGGAGGCUCCUUUGCACAGGAUGCCAGCUAUAUUAUGGGUACCACAACGGCGCCUAUUUCUGCCGUGAAGCAGUUAUUUGUAAGCAUUAUUGUGUUUCCGUCUGAAGGGCGCCGUAGCUACUGAAAUUACUGGGCAAAUGAGACCCAACAUCUUAUGUCUCGAGGUGACGAGCGCAGUUGUAGUGCCACUCAGAAUUUUUGGGUUUUUUCAAGAAUCCUGAGCCGCGCUAUAAUUGUAAUGGGCAGGGCGUAUCAAUUACCAUUAGCUGUACGUCCUGCUCGUUUCGUUACUUCUUUUAUAAAAAAAAAAUAGCUAACCGUAACGAUAAAAAAAAUCACCUAAAAAAUAAAUUUUCCAUAACAUCAUUUCGGAACACCUGUAAGUAAUCUAGUAGCCUAGAACUAGCGUAGGCACUGAUACGUACUUCUUUUGUUUUUAAAUGUAUAAUUUCUUUGUUUGAAAAUUUCAUUUAUUUUACUUAAUUUUCAAAUUUAGUUUUUUAUGAUUUAGGUUAAGGAGCUCUACUCGUGUGUUCAUUUAAUGUCGCCAUUAUGGCGCCACGCUGUUGAAGAUGGUUUUUUUUUAUUAUUUUUUUAUGAAAAUAAGGGACGAGACGAGCUGGACGUUCAGCUGAUUUUGUAAAUAUAGUGAUCAGUCCCAAAGUAGUGAAUUAUGUGCCAAUAUUGUAGUACCUAUAGUAUUAAUAUUUAGAAAUAGGUAUGUUUACAUAAAAAAUAUAUAUACAGUUGACUUAGUCAUAUUCAUGUACCCACAUCCAUGUGCGACACUUACCUACCUUAAGAUUAUGGAGGGUAGAUUAGAAUCAUCUCAUAUGAGAGAAAAGUUGAAAGUGUCCAGCUAAUGCUUUAAAUAAUAGUUCAAAAACCUUCCACAAUGGCGCUGGUGUAGCCACAGGGUAUGGUAUGAAUGUAGCAAUUGUAGAUGAACUGAAGUAUGCCGAGUAAACAUUUUAAUAUCAUUGUCAACUAAUGUAAGUAAAUUAUUGAAUUUCAACAAAUUACGUUUCACAAAAUAAUGUAGUAAAUAUAACCUUACAGAAUUAUUAUAGUGAAACGUGCACCUAGAGUGAUUAGUACAAUUUUAUGUUUGGCGCUUCUUUUAAGAUCUACCCUGUUGCGACUGUAGCGCCACCCUAAUUUAACGCAUUUUGACUUUUUCAUAUAAACAGAUGAUUCUCCUUGCUUCUGUCCUCCAUACUAAUGAUUCAGUAACACGUGUUGUUGGUCUGAAAUGCAAACAUAACCAAAAACAGCAGAAAAACUUUGGCAACAUAUUUUAGCAGGAUAAAAAAAAUUAAGAGCAUUUUGACGUCGGCCAUUGUUCAUAAAUAAAACUAACCAAUGAGAACAGGUUUAGCAAUAUUAUUAUCUUAUUAUUACUUAAAUCAUAUUUAUUUAAAAAAAUGCGCGUAAUUUGGCGCUUAAAUGGGCUUCUGGCUUUGUUUAUUAUAUGCUGACACGUUGUUUUAUUAAGUAAGUAAGAUUAUUUUAGUACACCGAAUUUUGUAUAGGUUUUUAUAUAAGUUUAUAUUAAGUGUAAGCAUAAUAAAAAAUUGUAUCUUUCAAGGCACGGACGAGUAAAAAAUAAGGACUCCGUGUCACCUCACAUAACAGUGAGGCACCAAAACAACCCGGUAAACGUGUAAAUACAUAGCCCCACACAUACACUUACACCAAUACAAGCCGAUCGGCCGCCAUUAUGAGAUUUUCCAUCGUCUGUGAGAGAUCAGUUUGCGUCGCAAUAAAAUAUUUUAAAAAUGCCAUUGUUCGAUGUGGAAAAGUGUAAAAACAAUAAUAUAAAAGUAUUUGUGGAUAUAUGAUUAUCUAAGGGAGAAAAAAUUGUGUAAAAUUUUCUCAGACACACUAGUAUAAAGGUGCUUCACUUGCGAAUAUCACGGCGCGGAGUCCUCCUUGUUUUACUAGUCCGUGCUUUCAAGGCAGUGUAAUAUAAAAUGCAGUAGUGGACUCCAUUCGGAUUAUAUUGCAUUGUGGUUAUUAAGAUUGACGCGUUAAUUAUAUUUAAGUAAGUACCUAAAUAUUAAAUACUAGCUGACCCGGCAAACGUUGUUUUGCCAUAUAAUUCACGCGAUAGUUUUAUAAGUAAUAAAAUAUUGCCUAUAUUAUAGCCUGUACAUCAUUUGUCAAUAGUUUUUGCAGCGCACGCAAAAAUAGGUUUUCGAUUUUACACCUUGUGUUACAAAAUAGCAAUUUUAUUACGGAUCCCUAAUUUUGAAAAAAAAAAAAAACCUAUAGCCUUCCUCGAUAAAUGGACUACCCAACACUGAAAGAAUCAUUCAAAUCGUAGUACCAGAGAUUAGCGCGUUCAAACAAACAAACAAACACUGCAGCUUUAUAAUAUUAGUAUAGAUUAUACCCUUAAUAAUUAAGACUUACAUUUAAAAUAAAACGACAGAAUCGAGUGUUUUCAUAAUAUAUAGUGUGAGGCACUUUGUUCAAUUUAAAGUUUUUAUAACUAUUUUUAUGUAGAAAGUUAUGAAUUUUAUAUGUUUGAAGCAAUAAGUAUGUUCUGAAUUAAGUUUAUUAAAUAAAAUGGCUUAAUACGAU